AUGAAUUUUGAAGAUUAUUAAUAUCUCUUCAAGUUUGUAUUGAUCGGAGACACAGGUGUUGGCAAGUCCUGUUUCCUGUCUCAAUACGUCAAAGGCAUAUUCAUUUAGGAGUAUGAUCCUACAAUCGGACUCGAGUUUGAGAGCAAAUCCAUUGAAUUCAAUGAUGGCAUCGUUGUUCAGAAUCAACUAUGGGACACAUCUGGAAGCUCUUAAUUUAUGGCAAUAUAGAAAACCUUUUGUUAAAAUGCUGCAGCUGCAAUCAUUUUCUAUAAAAUAGAUAAUCAAGACUCAUUUAAGUCAUUAGACAAUUGGAUCAACAUCCUCAAAUAGGUAUCGUCUGACAAGAUUCAAACUGUUAUCGUUGCAACACACAAGGAUCUAGAAGAGAAAAGAUAAGUUGAAACCGAACAAGGAAGAAAGCUUGCCGAUUCUAUAGGAGCCAAAUUUUUUGAAAUCUCCAAUCAAGACAAAGAUUAAAUUGACGUGAUUGUUAAUACUCUAUCCUUUAAUGUCUUAAGAUUAAUAAGUUCCAGUAAAAUCAAUCCAUUAAAAUCACAAUAUGGUGUCAAAAUGAGUCGAUAAUAAGAAUAAUAGUAUGCUUCUUAAUAAACAGAUAAAACUGAUAAUAAUAAUAAUUAGCAAUAAUUCACUCCAAUUAAAAAUAACCCAGAUAAUAUAGAAUUUGAAUUUCCAAAAGAAACAGAAGAAGAUACAAUCACACCCAAUAAAGCUACAGGUUCUCCAAAAGAGCCAUAACAAAAGGAAAAUGGAACAAAUUAAUAAAAUAAAAACCAAUCACGAAAUGUAUUCAUGGUUUUGAUACCGAUAAUAUUUGCUUAUGGAUUUUAUUUUUUAUUUAUAUGA